GUUUUUUGCUGGCUCAAACAGUUGGGAAAUCAAGGACCCAGUGGUAGACCAGUGAUCUGAAAGAUGGUCGCAUUCAAGUGGGGUGCCAAAGCCGAUGGAGAGGCUGCUGGCCCAGUGAUUGACUUGAAGGCAGCAGCUGCAGAGUUCAUCGCCAUGACUCUCUUUGUGAUCAUUGGUUGUGGUGCUGCUUGCGCCAACGGAGCUUCCGACUCCUCCAAUCGCCUGCAAGUGGCGUUGGCCUUUGGCAUGGGCAUCCUGGUGUUGGCCUAUGCAGUAGGUCAUCACUCAGGUGGUCAAAUCAAUUGUGCCGUGACAUUGUCUUUGGUAUUGGGUGGGAAACUGGCUUGGUAUCAAGGUUUGACCAACUUGUUUGCACAACUGCUUGGCAGUAUGGCCGGAGCUGGCCUGCUUUGUGUCAUGUUUCCCUGUGCCAAAGACAUGAGUGGAAUGACUUUGGGAACCAACAUCAUCGCAGAUGGCUUCGAUGUCGGAAAUAUCUUGAUGGCCGAGAUCCUGGGCACCUUCAUACUUUGCUUUGUGGUUUGGGAGACGGCUGUGUCGGCUGCCUCUUCCAGUGGAAAGAACGCCUGCAUUGCCAUCGGUUUCGCCGUGUUCUUGGCCCACGUGAUUCUGCUGCCCAUGGACGGCUGUUCCAUCAACCCAACGCGAUCAUUUGGACCGGCCAUGGUGAGCGCAAUCCGUGACUGCCCGGGCAUGUCCACAGGUGGCCUCGAGGACCUAUGGGUGAUGUGGGUGGGCCCACUCUUGGGAGCUAUUCUUGCUGCUGGUGUUCAGUUCCUUCUGAAACCAGAAGCAAAGCAACUAGAAAUGGAGGACAAAGUGUGAAGGAACGGGUCCGCAAGACCUUGAAAGAUUCCCGUUUCAUGUUUCAAAACUUGUCCACUUGCAAACUAGCAAGGCACCGGUGCUGUUUGAGAGAGAUAAUUUUGCCGUUUUUCUUCAGGGUUUGUAGUAUAACAUAGCCCUCUCAAAGACUCUCAGGGUCUACAUUUUGUCGAGACUUCAUGCUCUUCCCUGUGUUUGCCGAGAGCAGCGUGGAGUAUCGUGGAGUCAUUUUUGUUGCCGUUUUUGUUUUGCAUCCUAGCGAUGAUAAAGAUGCCUGCACGGACAUCCGGUCUUCAAUUCACCGUAGUUGUCCAAGACAACGAGUGGUGCAGUGAGGAAAGCUUCACUCGCCUCACCUCCCCAGUGGAGGAAACUUUUCGCUGGUGACAUAACGCUGGUGGAAGAAAAGUGAGAUACA